ACGCACAACUAAAAAUCCCCUCGAUUUUAUUCACUGUUGUUCUUUUGGGACAUCGCACUCGCCAGUUCCCUGAUUCAGAAACCCAUUCAAUUUCAAUAAAUUUAGGGAUUGAUCCGUCUACUACACAACCCUGAAUAGAAAGAACAAGAAAAUUCAGACAUUUAUAGAAGGAGAAAUAAAGCGUUUUAAAUAUACAGAAGGAGGAGGGACGGAGGCUGGAGGGAGAUGAUGGGAUGAAGACGAAGUUGAAAAAUAAGAAGAGAAAGUGGGCAGAUGGCAAGAGCCGAGUUAAGUUAUAAUUAUUCGAAUAAUGGAAGAGGAGGAGCACCCAAAUGGUGUUAUUACAAGAGAACUACAGUUAUCAUUUGUUCAUUCAACAUUGCGAUUGCUUUUUAUGUUUUCCACAAUCUCUACAGUUCCAUCUACUCUUACCCUUAUCAAGAUUUACACAACGGUGUUAGCUACCCUCCAGAUCAAAUAAGAAAUAUGGAAGAAUCAGUGCGAAUACGGAUAGAAUCUAAACCUGUAAAGCUCAUGGAAAUGGUAAAAAAGAUCAAAAAGCAUUUUAAUAAAGAAGAAGCAAUUAAAUUACCACAGCCAUUGAAGCAGAAGCUAACCAAUGAGCUCCUAGAAGUUUUGAGUGUCGUGAAUGCCAGUUCUAACACAACUUUACAGCAUGAAGCAAUUCAACAAUGGAGGAAGCAAAAACUAGAGGAAGCCAAAAGAUUAAAACAUGGAAAGACCUCAAAUUCAACUAUCUUAAUAGAGGAAGCAGGAAUACUUGCAAAAUUAUUGGAGUUAAAAUGGGCUGAGCUAUUAGAUCAAAUUGGACUCUGGAUUCCCAUUAAUGUCACCACCAAUGAGCACAAUGACAAACCCGAGGGUGAAGAAGAUUUUGAUGACAAGAUCCUAGCUGGCAGGCGGCUGCCGCCUGAAUGUAAUGUGGAACACCAUACGGAUUAUGGUGGUCAAGCGGUCAAAUGGGGGCUUACUCAUCAUAAAGAAAGUGCUUAUGAUUGUUGUCAAGCUUGUUUGGAUCAUGCUAAAAAUGCUAAACCAGAUCAAAUUAAAUGUAAUAUUUGGGUUUAUUGCCCUGUUGAGGAAGGAUGUCAUUCUCCAGAUAUAUAUCAACAUAAACUUCAAGAAUGUUGGCUAAAAUAUGAUGAAAAGCCAAAAGUAAACUUUAAAGACAUGUAUUCAGAAAGUUACAGAAGUCGGUAUCCAGAUGCACCGAUUUUUGUCCCUUGGGUGUCUGGUGUUAUCAGUUCUUAAUUGGUUCAGACAAGUGGAGAAGAAGCUAUAUAUUCAGACUAAAUAGCAUAUUCAUGUAAAAUCGAUCUUUUUGAGUGUUCUUCAAGUUCAUUUGUGGUUUUGUUUUUAACUGGAGCCAAAAGGCUUGUUGUUUCUUUGAUGUUGUUGCUUUUUGUUCUUUUUUGAGUUAAAUGCAGGAAAUAGAAACAUGCAUUCAUUUA